AGCGAGAGAGAGAGAGAGAGAGAGAGAGAGAGAUGGGCAAGAGGAUAGAAGGAAUCCUUCACAUGGUCGGAGGAGCUGGGGAAACCAGCUACGCCUCCAAUUCUAAGUUUCAGGUAGUGUUGAACACCCCAACUGUUUGCAUGAACUUAAACAACUUACACUUGCGUAGGCGUCAGCAUAUCUGAUCACUGGUUUGCUAACUGCGUCCCAGGAGAAGGUACUUCACAUGGCGAAGCCAAUACUGGAGGAGGCAAUUGGAGGGGUUUACAUGUCGCUGCUCCCCGAGAGGAUGGCCGUGGUCGACUUAGGUUGUUCCUCGGGCCCUAACACUUUGGAGGUGGUCUCCGAGGUGCUCGACGUGAUUGGCAAGCUACGUCGGAGCCUGGGACGCCAGGAGAUGCCGGAGAUCCUGUUCUUCUUGAAUGACCUCCCGGGGAAUGACUUCAAUCACGUCUUCCGGUCUCUGGGAGAUUACAAGAGGAAGGUCGAGGAGGAGAAGGGGAAGCUGCUGGUGCCAUACUACGUCGUGGGAGUUCCAGGUUCCUUCUACGGCAGGCUUUUCCCUAGUCAAAGUGUCCACUUCUUCAACGCUUCCAGCUGUCUCAACUGGCUCUCUCAGGUUCCUGAAGGUGAACAGGGAGUUCUACUCAACAAUAAGAACAUCUAUGUUGCAGAGACAAGCCCACUGGAAGUUGUGAAAGCAUAUCAAGACCAACGCCAAAGAGACUUGUCAGAGUUCCUUCGGUGCCGUCAUGCAGAACUAACCUACGGAGCAAGAAUGGUAUUGUCAGAGUUCCUUCGGUGCCGUCAUGCAGAACUAACCUACAUGCAGCGGUGCAACCAUUGAUUUCGGAGCAAUUCGGCGACGCCAUUCUCGAUGAGCUGUUCUCUAGAUAUGCAGCAAAUGUUUCGAGGCACCUCCUUCAGCAGAAAACUAAGCAUAGCGUGUUUGUCAUUUCCUUGAAGAAAAAGAAUGAAAGCCAUCUCGCUGCUGGUUGAUGGACGGACUUGCAAUGUGCAUUCGACUCCAUACUAUUAUGUUGCACUGUAUA